AGGAGGCGGCAGAUGGCUCGUCUGGUGCAACUCGGGUCUCUUGUGCUCGGAUUCUUUCUUUGUCAAAUUAUGCUGUACUGAGUGCAUUGGCAUUCACAUAUGCUCCGGCUAGUGUAAUAUAUGAUAUGACGUUUUUCACUGAUGUUAAUUCCUAGAGGAGAGGACCUAGAGAAUUGUUUAAUUGAAUCUAUUUCUUUCUGCUGCUUAAUCAUAUCGAUGUCGUAUAGGGGAUUAUCAGGUCCUGAUAAUUGUUUUGGUUCCUCGUGAAUUUGAUCUGUAAAGCAUGAAUGCUAAUGAUGUUCUUUUGCCAAAACUGGCUUGUUCAGUUAAUCAAAAUGGAAUCCAUAACUUUUCAGGUUGGACUUGACGUGAAUAAUAAAAAUAUAUUCAAAUGGGAAAAUGGUAAAUUAAGUUUGCUUGGAGCCGAAUAAGAAUUUAUGAUUGGAGUAAAAUCCAAAUCCGAAUGCAAAGGGGAAUGAUCGCCAUCUGUAAGGUCUAAGCUCCAUAAUUUUGCCACCUGUCCUUCAGCCCUGCUAUUUGAAGCCGAAGAAAUGGAAAAGAAAUUGAGUUUAAUUUGGAAAAAAUGGGUUCAGAGACUUUGAUUGAAGUGAUUCUUGCAAUUCUUCUUCCUCCUGUUGGAGUUUUUCUUCGUUAUGGCUUAGGGGUGGAAUUCUGGAUUGAUUUGGUGCUGACAUUGGUGGGUUAUCUUCCAGGAAUUAUAUAUGCAAUUUAUGUAUUAGUAGUAUAGCAAAGUGCAGAUAUUUUCUGCUUUUGUUUUAUAAUUUGGUGUAGAUUUUGAUGGAAAUUAGCUGUGUUUUCAGUUAAUGAGAUAUGUUUUCUUCCAUGAGUAUCUCAAUUGUAAAGCAAAGGAUUAGAAGUGAUUUGAUUUUAUAAACAUCUUUUCCUGCA